GCAAUGCUGACAUGAAGUAUGAAACAGGAGAACUAAGAGUAGUUUCCUUCCUCCUCUUACUCUUCGUUUUCCUUCAAAUUGCCAUUUCCAAACCCUAGAUUUUUCUUUUUAAUUAAUAGGAGGCGAAAAAUUGGAGAUUCAUAACGAUACAAAACUUUAACCCAAACAACCAAAUCCUUAACAAAGCUUGAGACGAUUUUUUCAUGGGCAGUUCCAAGCACAAAAGACGAGGACGGAAACCCAAAAAUCCCACCCCCAUCACCACUACAGCUCAACCUCUAGAUCCCAUGGCUGCUAAUACCACUGAUGACGAUAUUUUCUCUGUCAGCAAUGUUGAAAUCAUUAAUCCCACCACCCCCACCUCCACCACCAACAACCAUCACCACCAUGGUGGCGAGCGACGACGAGGUCGUCCUAAGAAGCGCCCCAAAUACUCUCCAGAAAAGCCCCAGAAGCCUCCACCAUCAUUAAUCAAUGGAGAGGUGGGGCUUCCUCAGCCUGUAGGUGGUGUGGCGAGGGUAGUACCAGCGAUGGAUGCUGUCGUUAAAGUGUUCUGCGUGCACACGGAGCCAAAUUUCUCGCUCCCGUGGCAGAGAAAGAGGCAGUAUAGCUCGAGUAGUAGUGGGUUUGUGAUCGGAGGCAGGAGGAUUUUGACUAAUGCCCAUUCCGUGGAGCAUUAUACCCAGGUUAAGCUCAAGAAACGAGGCUCUGACACUAAGUAUUUGGCUACCGUACUCGCUAUUGGGACGGAGUGUGAUAUUGCUUUGCUAACAGUCAAUGAUGAUGAGUUUUGGAAAGGUGUAUCACCUGUUGAAUUUGGAGAAUUGCCUGCCCUUCAAGAUGCUGUGACUGUUGUGGGUUACCCAAUUGGAGGAGACACAAUUUCUGUGACUAGUGGUGUUGUAUCGCGGAUAGAGAUCCUGUCUUAUGUUCAUGGGUCCACCGAGCUUUUGGGUUUGCAGAUAGAUGCUGCUAUAAACUCAGGAAAUUCUGGUGGGCCUGCUUUUAAUGACAAAGGACAUUGUGUGGGCAUUGCAUUUCAGUCCCUUAAACAUGAAGACGUUGAAAAUAUAGGGUAUGUCAUACCAACACCAGUCAUCACCCAUUUUAUCCAAGAUUAUGAGAAGAAAGGAGCAUAUACAGGAUUCCCAUUUCUUGGGAUUGAAUGGCAGAAAAUGGAAAAUCCAGAUUUACGGAUGGCUAUGGGUAUGAAACCUGAUCAGAAGGGUGUUCGUAUCAGAAGAAUUGACCCCACUGCUCCAGAAUCUGAAGUUUUGAAGCCGUCAGAUAUUAUUCUCAGUUUUGAUGGGGUAGAUAUUGCCAAUGAUGGGACAGUUCCCUUUCGGCAUGGAGAGCGCAUAGGUUUCAGCUACCUUAUCUCCCAAAAGUAUACUGGGGAUAGUGCAAAAAUUAAAGUUCUCCGCGACUCCAAUAUUCUAAAUUUUGACAUCAAACUUUCAACUCACCGGAGGCUCAUUCCACCACAUGUCAAAGGCAGACCUCCAUCAUAUUAUAUAAUUGCAGGAUUUGUGUUCUCAACUGUUUCUGUUCCUUAUCUCCGUUCUGAGUAUGGCAAGGAUUAUGAAUUUGAAGCUCCUGUGAAGCUUUUGGACAAACUUUUGCAUUCAAUGCCUCAAUCUCCAGAAGAGCAACUUGUGGUGGUGUCUCAGGUGCUUGUGGCUGAUAUUAACAUUGGAUAUGAGGACAUUGUUAACACUCAGGUUCUUGCUUUCAAUGGCAAGCCCGUGAAGAAUCUGAAGAGCUUGGCUAACAUGGUAGAGAGCUGUGAUGAUGAAUUUUUGAAAUUUGAAUUGGAAUAUGAGCAGAUAGUGGUCCUCCGGACAAAGGCAGCAAAGGCAGCUACUGUUGAUAUUCUUGCUACACAUUGCAUACCUUCAGCAAUGUCAGAUGAUCUUAAGCCAUGGAUUGUGUCCUAGUAUAGGUACAUUGCAAUAUUCUCAUAGCCUAGUUACCAAAUUUUCUCUUCAAUAUUAGGAAGAAGAAAAAUUUGUAGAUUCCUUGAUGGUGGACGAUGAACUUGGCAGGUUCAUAUGAUCAUUUGUAAUAUCUGAUGCCCAUUUAGAUGUUGACCAUCCGGGAAUGUCAGUGAUGGUGAUUUUUUUCUCCAUUUAUCAUGGAUAAAUUUUUGGAACUGGGUUGGUAUUUGAUCAUUUGUAGCUUUUUCAAUGAACAGAAAAUUAAUACAACCUCAUUGAUUCCAAA